AUGAAUGGGAUGAAAAGAAUCAGAGCGAGGUUCCAUAUCCACGACUCAGUACUCCUCAGGUUUCCAAGUCAAACGAGUAUCAUCAACCAGGUGGUGCUCAAGUCAAAAGCUAAGGAGAUGAUUCCACCAGUUCAAGAAAAGCAUCUACAAGAAUCGUUUCAAAGCUUAGUUGAUGAACAAUUGGGUGAUACAAAAUGUGAUAGUGAUAUCAAAGGUUUAUUUUACAGAGUAUAUAAACAAUUUUUGAGAGAUCGGGAUGUAAAACAAUAUUUUGGAGAUUCUGCUAUUGUUCAUCAGAUACGUAUCCAUCUCAAAGGAAAUCUUAAAACUAGAAAAGAUGGGUUAGACUUUGUUAGGAAAUUGAAAAAAGAAGGUAUUGAAUAUGGAAUAUUGAAAAGUAAUUUCCUAAGAACUUUGGGAUUAAUGGAUAAUCAUUAUUCAAGAUUAUUAACAGAUAUUUCCAAAAGAUCAAAUAUCCCUAUUGCAGAUGUCAAGACCUCUCAAAUUCUUCCAUCAAGUGAUAGUUUUGCAAAUGAAGGUAUUAUCAUGGACUACUUGGAUCAAUUCAAUCAUAGAUCCAAAAUCAAUGAUUAUUUAGUAAUCAAUUCUCCUCAAGCUGCUGAAGCUUUAACAUCAAUGGGAUUUAAAUUAGGUUUGAAAUUGAUUUUGGUUACUGAUCCAUUUUUUGAGAAGCCUACAUCAACAUUAACAACAAUGAUUGAACAAUACAAAGAAGCUAAAAAGACACAGAAUGAAGUAUUAUGUGAGAACAUUCGUGAUGAAAUGGGGUCACUUAAUCAAAUCACUGUCAAGACCUUAAAUGAAGUUCACGAUUUCAUUGAUAUUAUUAAUGAUACAAAAGUUAAAGAACCUAUCAAUGGGAAUAGUUUCUGGGGUACUUUGGAACAAAUGGAAUUGAGUAUUUUGGGAAAUUUGGAGUCAAGACAUGGUCCUUUGACCGAAAAGACACACUAA